GCUCGGCUGCGGUCGACCGCUCUCAUUCGCCAUUCGAUUUUUAACGAGGACUUAGCCAUGCCUAAAAUAUUACGAGGAAUAAAUAUCUCAUAGAUGGCUCCAUCUUAAAAACACGGAUUGUGUUAAACGGUGGUUACUUGGGCCCUGUAACCUCUUGUAACUAAACAUUACUCGACGAGAAAGACAAAGUAUAUAGGACGCAAGAAAAGCCGAUUUAAUAUCAGACCUUCAACUCACUAGUGACAUACUUGAUACAAGAUAAUAACAAGAAAGUACAAUGUGUAAGAGUUUAAAAAGCGUGCAAAAAGCUUGAAAUCAUAAUUAUAACUGCAUAUUCCUCGAAACUAAACGGGUUAGCUUUUUUUCGAGGAAUAAGUCAUGGAAGUUGGCUUGAUGAACGGAGAGGACAGUUUCUGUAGUACGGACGCCAAUAUGGAUUUGUUGGCCCCAACACCGUCACCGGACACCAGUGGGCGAGAGAGCAGCGGGAGCGGGGAACUCCCCCCGCCGUCAUCCGCUGCCAAAACCUCCUUCUCCAUCGCGGAGAUACUUGGCUCCUCCACACAGACUUCACCGUCCCACCACCACAGCCGACACCACCACAAACUGGACGGCAGACCGGUAGAUGAGUCCAAGUCGUCCCUGGGUGGUGAUUACGGGGCACACUUGUUCCGUCCGACGGCAGUGAGGGACACGGGGGUGCCGGUGAUGACUGGGCCACCGGGGGGAGGGGGGCUACCGCCACCCGGCCACUGUUUCGGCAGCCCGUCCGCAGCGGCGUUGCAGUACGCGUACGGUGCGUCUACCGGUGGUCUACCCGUCUGGUCAUCGUGGUGUCAAGCGGCAGGCUUUGGCCGGCCUAAUAUCCCAGGACCUAAACCACUUGGUAGACGGCCCAGAAAGCCUGGUGUGGACCGCAAACCCCGCCAAGCCUACUCCUCGAAGCAACUGGAACGACUGGAGGAGGAGUUUAAGGCCGACAAGUAUCUGAGUGUCAGCAAACGUCUGGAGCUGUCCAUGGCCCUGAACCUGACCGAGACACAAAUCAAGACGUGGUUCCAGAACAGAAGGACGAAAUGGAAGAAACAGAUGAUGGCUCGCCUGAAGAUUGCCCAGCGGCAGGGCCUGUGGACAGCCCCUUUCCUUACUCCGUGGUACAGCCCGCUAGGACCGUACACCGCGGCCACGGCAGCCGCCUACGCACCCUACCCACCACCCGGGCUAACCGGCGGACUGCCCCCGCCCAGCUUCGGCAAAGACGCUGCGGCAGCGGCGGCAGCGGCGGCUGCUUCCACGGUAUCGCAACGGCCAUCGUUGGCGGGGGGAACCGUAGCCGGUGGAUUCCAUCGAGAAGUGCGAUGAGUCAAACACACUGAGGCUUAUAACACUGAUGGAGUCGACGGACAUUAUGAAAGGGGUAGACCGCUUUAAGGGGAAGGGUAACGAAACUAUAAAGGGUCUUGUCACAUGAUGAUGAGGCAGUUAUUACAUGCAACAUGGAGGCAACCAAAAUGCACUGCAAUCUUAAAGAACCUCUCGAAACAUUGCGCGGAAUGAAAAUUUAACUGCCGCUUUCCUUUACAGAUUGCCUGCAACAUGUGGAUUGUCAAUCGCCUCAUGUGAUGGUAUUGCCCUCAACUUUACCUAAAAUGACUUGUAGUUUGGUUGAAUGUACAUUUUUGUACAGUGUAUUAUGCUUCUCUCUGCCAAGUGUAUAUUCACUAAGCGUUUUACCUCCACUCGGGUCGCAGGCUGGUCAUGUCUUUCCGAAUGCAUAAGGGUUAGACACGUUGCAGCCAGCAAGUCUAUUCCUUCCUCCAUGGUUGUACUAUAUGACCUAAGGGAGCCUCAAUUUUGACUUUCGAAUCACGAAUUUAUCUGGAAGGGGAAAUCAGUGAUGCUAAGCCUUGCGUAGUUCCAAGUUCCCCAGUAUUCCUGUGACCUCCCCAGCGACGUCAUGUAAGAACCCCCCCCCCCCC